AGAUUAAGUUAAUCUAACAAUUAUUAAACAUAAUGAAAUGCACUGCAGCAGUGUUAAGGGUAUUGAAAUUAACUCUCUCUCUCUCUCUCCCUCUUGUAAAUUGGAAAAUAUUGAUUAUGGAACAAUUUUCUCUUUAAAUUAUGACGCCUAGGAUUUUCUGUAACCAUAUUGCCUUUGGAGACAAGGUAAACACAAUCAUGUUCCAAUUGUUUGGACAUAUUAUGUGUCAUGACGUCGAUAUUAGAGUUUAGCUAUAAAAAGAUUUUAAAGACACGAUAGACAAGCGUGCACCGAUAUUCAGAUCAAGGUUGUAUCCAACCUUUAACAAAAAACAUGCAGGCAUUAGCUGUUACUAUCAAUGGUUCAAGCGAGCUCGGAUCAGUUGGAGUGUAUCAGUGACGAAGAAAAGAAUUAGAAAUUAAGUACGAGCGCAAUCUUCGACCUGUUUACACAUAAAGUGCUGACGUCACUGGUGCGCGCGCAUAUCUCGGGGAGUUCGAGAUCAGCUGUAGAAAAAGCAAGACGUACUUUGAUAAACUGCUUAAUAAAGACCUCACGUGUUCUUUCCCAAAAGUUAAUGCAUUUUGUUUGCAUUCAAAGUGGAAACACCAUACAACACCGUUAUCCUGCUAGAAAAAGUGUUCCGGUCUCUAGCUAAGUAAAAGACACCAGGGGAACGACCUGAAGUUUCUUUAUAUCGCAAACAAUGGGUCUUGGUUGCACGUGUAUGAUUACAUUACAACUUGCAUGUGUGGGAUUAGUCACACUGACAAUUGUACAGUCACUCCUUUUCCUCGUCUUGGCUGUAUCAUGGAGAAUCCAUAAGGAACCGCCGCCAUUGGAGACCAACACUUACUGUGUGACAUGCGAUGACAUCAGACAAUCGCACCCCUACACGGAAAAAGAACAUCUCAUCGAUGCAUGGAGACAAAUACAUAACGAUUCGGUAUGCUGUGGUCCAACUCGCAGAGUUAUGGAGCUCCGCAUUCGAAAAGAGAUGAAAAAACGAUACGUCGAGAACGGACAAGCAAAUCCGAGUCAAUUGGUCGGAGAAUCGUUUAUCCCCGACUGUGAGUGGUACGGAAUGAAAACGCCUACAGCUAAACUUGUUGGGGUGGUAGAUAGCGUACCAAGUGAUAUAGUCCAAGGUCAUUCUAAACUUCGAUGGAACAAAAACGGCCACACACGCACCGCAAACAAAUGCAUUCAUCUCGAGCUUGAGGGAGAAAUCUUCAUCAAGAGACCAGGCUACUACAUAGUAUCUUCAACGCUGAUUGUUAAUACCACAGGAACGAACAAUACAACACAAAUAUUCGGACACAACUUUAAUCUGCUGUCCCACCGAUAUGGAACAACAAGUGUUCUUAUGCAUCGCCAAAAAUCUAUCAAAGAAUCCGACAAUGUUAUUUUUACAAGUUUUAUAUCCGCGGCUUUUAAGUUGUAUGUAAAUGAUAGAAUAUCUAUAUCUGUCAGCGAUCCAAAUUAUUUAGCUAAUGACAGUUCUAACGACCAUUUCACUGCAUACUACACGUACGAUAUGUCUUAAAUCCGUUCAACUUGUCCAUACUAAAAUAGUUUGUAUCGAAACGCACGGAUUACAUUUUGUCUGUCUUUAAAAAAUCAAAAGUUUGAUUUACCAUUGUGUUUAAAAAUGAACCGUCCAAUAAUAUUUUUUAACCUUCGCUGUAUCAAUAAUACUUAUCUAGGAGUGUUUCAUUGUAAUUGACACUGAUGCAGUCAUUUAUCAUUAUUGUGUAAUCUGCGUCAUAUUACUUACACAGCUUCAAUGUGGUUGUUUGUAUUGAUUUUGACUCUAACCGAUUAAUUUUAUGAUAAGAAAAACAAGUGCUUAUGUAAACACAGUGUAAUUUUGUUAUGUUUGAUUGCAAAAAAGCAACAUUAGCAUAGAAUGUGUUAUAACGUUUGACUCACGGAUCAUAUCAACCGGAUGUGUAAUGUCUGUCCAUCAACACUCCAACGGUUGAUAUACAGUUGUUGUUGACAAUGACUCAUCCAUUCAAUAGUAUUUUUCAAUCUUCGCUUUAUCAACAAGUUAUAUCCAAGAGUUUUUUUAUUGUAUUUGACAUAGAUGCUUUCAUUUAUCAUUAUUGUGUAUUCUUCGAUAUAUUACUUAGACAGCUCCAAUGUUGUUUUUUGUACUGUGUUUGACACUGACCGAUUAAUUUAAUAAUAAGAAAAACAAGUGCUUUUGUAAACACAAAUGUAAAAUAUGUAAUUGUGUGAUGCAUUGUAUGUGCUGUAAUGUUUGAAUCACGGAUCAUAUCAACCUGCUGUGAAAUACAUUGAUACUGAAUACAAGUUCUUCUCCUU